CGAGGGCACAGGGUGACCGGAGGAGACAGGCCACACUGCUAAUUUCGGUCUCAAAGAUACAUUUUCCCCGUUGCAACAUGUUGUCCAGAGUCGCUCUGACCUCAGCCUCUACCCUGAGGAAAACCGCCCCUCUCAGUGUUGGACUUCUGAACCAAUGCAGGGAAUUUCACAAGGGGCAGCCUGCCAUGGCUCCAGUGCCACCACUUCCAGAGAAAGGAGGGAAGGUCCGUUUUGGUUUGAUCCCUGAAGAGCUUUUCCAAUUCCUUUACCCCAAGACAGGCGUCACAGGUCCUUACAUGCUGGGUACUGGUCUCCUUGUCUACCUUUUGUCAAAGGAAAUAUAUGUCAUAAAUCAUGAAUCUUUUGCUGCUGCCUCUAUUGGUAUUUGCAUUGUGUACGGAAUCAAGAAAUUUGGGCCCAGCGUAGCAGCCUUUGCUGACAAGCUCAAUGAAGAGAAAGUUGCUAAGGCACAGGCAGUAAAAGAUUCUGCAAUUAAGAAUCUGGAACGGGCUAUUGAGGAAGAAAAGAAGGAACAGUGGAGGGCUGAAGGAAGACACCACCUCUUUGAUGCAAAAAGGAAUAAUGUGUCAGUGCUCCUGGAGAUUAACUACAGAGAGAGACUUCUGAAUGUCUUUAAUGAGGUUAAGAAGCGCUUGGACUAUCAGGUAGCUCUGCAACAUCUCCAACGCCGCAAGGAGCAAGAUCAUAUGAUCAACUGGGUAGAAAAGAAUGUGGUACAGAGUAUCACACCCCAGCAGCAAAAGGAGAGCAUUGCCAAAUGUAUCACGGACCUGAAACUUCUAGCCAAGACUGCACAAGCAAGAGUUUAAUUUCUUACUGUUGAAGAAUUGUAUAUCUGCAGACUCCAGCUGUCUCCUAACCAUUCUGUGUUUAAAUGUUAAUAUUUCUACACUCUA